AUGGGGUCGGACGAGGCGCCCCCGGACGCCCAGCACGGGCAGGCCGUGCGCUUUCUCACGACACUGCGCUCAAAUGAGGGCGAGAGCCAUGAUACGUCCAAGCCGUUGGUUGUCACCGACAAGCAGCGCGAAUUUCUGCAGUCCAAGGGCAUGAGCGACGAUGCGAUCGAGCACGCACGCCGCGAGGCCGAGCGGCCCGAGAACCUGCCGAUGGCCGACGCAUACAUGUCGCAGCAGCAGGGCGCGAGUGACGACGAUGCACUCUUUGCGCGCGCCGCUCACGCGUUUGACAACCCGCUCGACGCGGAGGGGCAUGCUCCGGCGGUGCCGGACCGCACCUAUCCGCGCUCGCCACUCGCACUGUACUCCACGACGCACGGUCCGACGCGCGACGCAAACGAGAUUCUCGAGAGCUACGCGUCGACAGUGAUGCGGCCUCGGUACGAUGUGCUCGUCAACUUUUUCCGUGUCUUGCACCUGUUCCUGAUGCUCGGCGGCGGCAUGGCCGCGAUCGGCGUCGCGCUCUACCGCAAGUAUGUCCUGCCGCGCCUGUCGCAGACGAUCGACGCACGCACGAGCCUGCUGCGCUUGCAGCUCGAGCAGUUCCACAAGCUCAUUGAGCUGACCACGACGCUGAGCAAGGAGCGCGUCGCCUCGCUCCUUCCCCCGAACUAUGAGCCUGUCUGGGUCGAGGCGCCUGCCGAGCCCAAGAAGAAAGACGGUCUCGAGGCGGAUCAGGGCGACGAGGCAAGCAAGGGCGACGAGGAGAAAAAGGACGACGCCGUCGCGUCGCCCGCUCCUGCGUCCGAGACGGAAAAGCCUCCUGCGAUCGACGCCGAAAAGCCCGCGCUCCCGGGCGCGCCCAAGCCCGAGGGCGAGCGAGAAGAGGAGGAGGAAGAGGACGAGACGCCCGCGACGCCGCCCAAGGUCCUUGCGCCGAUCGAUGUUACCGGCUCGCUGCGCAAUGCCCUCGAUACCUUGCACCAUACGCUCCGCCUCGCUGCUCGUGCGCAGAGCGGCGAGCGGCGUUCGACGUCGGCCACCGUUGCGGACGACACCGACGCGGACGACGACGGCCUGAUGGACCUGACCGUCCCCGAGUCGGAGUCGUCGCACGAGAGCGACGCCCACAGUCCUAUUCCGCCCGUCGCGCCGACGCGUGCGAUGCGCUCGCUGAACGGCACGAUGGAGUCGAUCCGCAACGACGUCCGUGCGCGACUGCUCGAGGACGAGCAGUCGCUGAGCGCUGUAAGCAGUCGCUUCAGUGCCUAUGGCCUAUCGACGCCCACGACCGGUGGCAGUGGCCCGACGCCCGGCCAGGAGAUGCAGCAGAUCAAGGCCGAGAUUCGCAGCCUGAAAGGCCUGAUGCUCAGUCGUCGCAACUUCCCCUCCUACUUGCGUGGCACGCGCGUCACGCCGAGUUUUGGCGCGAGCGCGCAGCCGAGCACCGCCGAGGCCCAUGAGGCACAGCCGAUGGCCGUCGACGAGGCGGAGGCACACGCCGCCCACCCCACCGAGUAUACCAAGCGUGCAUACUCCGCCGAGUCGCCAGCGGACGCGCACGAACCAUACCCGAACGGCGCCGAUACCCACAGCGCCGAGGCGCUCGAUAGCGACGACGCCGAGCAGACUGAAUGGCGGAAUCGCACACAGCCUGCGAUGGCAAUCUCCAACAUCCUUAACACCCAGAGCUCGAUGAGCCCCACGUCCGAGACGCGCGACGGACCCGCGUCGUCGCCGGCGGGGCUCUGGCACGCCCACCGCGUCUCGUCGCCGGACGAGCCGCUGUUCACCACGACCGACGCGCCGAGCUACGUGCAGCCCGGCGGUCCGCCACGGGGACGCAUGCCGUCCAACUCGCUGGGAUACGCGCGCCUGCCGAGCCGCGGUGGCGCGCUGCCGCGUCCUGUGCCGCGCUCGAGCAGCAUGUCGCGCACGCCGAGCACCGACGUGCCGCGCGCGCCACUCCGCGAGCCCGAAGAGAUGUGGGACAGCGAUCUGUCUACAGAAGAGAACCAAAAGGUAUGGCGGCCGGACCUCGCCGCCUACCUCGACGAGCGCGCCGCGCACCAGAAGCUGAUCCAGGAGGCAUGGGACGCCAUGUGUCAGGAGAAGCAGCGGCAGACGACGCGCCGCCUGUGCCACAACUACGAGGCACAGUUCCACGCACAGCAGAAGCGCACAUCGCGCUCGGGCAAGGGCAAGGCGAUGCCGCGCCGCGACGCAGACGAGGACGACAUCGACCUCGAGCUCUUGGACACGCUCGCGGACCGCCCGCGCCGGCGCGAGGCGUCCUCGCCGGGCGACUACCUCGACGAUCUCGUGGCAGACGUCGGGGGAGUCAGCGAGUCGGACUCGGUGUCGGUCGUGAGCGACGAAGAAGACCAGGCGCCGCAGCCGACGCUCAUCGACCCCGAGACGGGCGCGCUCCUCGGCAAGAUCCCGAUCGGCGAGCGCCGUGCGGCGCUCCUGAGCGAGGCGCACCAGCGCGUCUGGACGCUGAUUGCCAAGCGCGAUAUUCCCAAAGUCUACCGCACGGUGAUGGCCAGUGCGACGAACAAGGCCAUGUACUGGCGCCGCCUGUCGAGUGUGGUGCAGCGUGAAGCCAAGCGCGGCGCGGCGCGCAACAACAAGUCGACCAAGGACAUGCAGCUGCGUGCACGCAAGGUCAUGCGCGAGCUCCUCCUGUACUGGAAGCGCAACGAGCGCGAGGAGCGCGACCUGCGCAAGAAGGCCGAGAAGGAGGCUCUCGACAAGGCCAAGAAGGAGGAGGAGAUGCGUGAGGCUAAGCGCCAGGCGCGCAAGCUCAAUUUCCUCAUCACGCAGACCGAACUGUACAGCCAUUUCGUCGGCAACAAGCUCAAAACGUCCGAGGCCGAAGAGUCGGAGGACACGGCGAGUGCUUCUGGGCCGUCGGCGCAGCAACCCUCGGUCGAGGCGCCGCAAGACGACGACUCGGCGGCGCUCCAAGAGAUCGACUUUGACGACGAGGACGAGUCCAACAUGCGGGCGCACGCUGCACGCAACGCGAACGAGGCGGUGCGCGCGGCCCGCGACAAGGCCCAGGCCUUUGAUGCAGCCGUCGCCGACGAGCGCCGCAAGCUCGAGGAGGCCAACGGGCAAAAGGACCCGACGCAGACCUUUGACUCGGACGACCUCGACUUCCUCAACCCCUCGUCGAUGGGCAUCACCGAGGUGCAGCAGCCCAAGAUGCUCAACUGUACGCUGAAGCCCUACCAGAUCAAGGGUCUGAGCUGGCUCGCGAACCUGUACGAGCAAGGCAUCAAUGGUAUUCUCGCCGACGAGAUGGGUCUUGGCAAGACGGUGCAGAGCAUUGCGCUCAUGGCCUACCUUGCCGAAGUUCACGAUAUCUGGGGCCCGUUCCUGGUGAUUGCGCCUGCCUCGACGCUGCACAACUGGCAGCAAGAAAUUACCAAGUUUGUCCCUGCGCUCAAGGCGCUGCCCUACUGGGGUAACGUCAAGGACCGUGCGGUGCUGCGCAAGUUUUGGAACCGCAAGCAGAUCUCGUACGACCGUCAUGCGCCGUUCCACGUCCUGGUCACUUCGUACCAGCUUGUGGUGUCGGACGAAAAGUACUUCCAGCGCGUCAAGUGGCAGUACAUGGUGCUGGACGAGGCGCAGGCGAUCAAGUCCUCGUCGAGCAACCGCUGGAAGACGCUGCUGGGCUUCAACUGCCGUAACCGCCUGCUGCUCACGGGUACGCCGGUGCAGAACUCGAUGCAGGAGCUCUGGGCGCUGCUGCACUUUAUCAUGCCGAGUCUCUUUGACUCGCACGACGAGUUCAGUGAGUGGUUCUCCAAGGACAUUGAGAACCAUGCCGAGAAUAAGGGCACGCUCAACGAGCACCAGCUGCGGCGUCUGCACAUGAUCCUCAAGCCGUUCAUGCUGCGUCGCAUCAAAAAGAAUGUACAGAACGAGCUGGGCGACAAGAUCGAAAUCGACGUGUACUGCGAUCUGAGCGCGCGCCAGAAGCUCUUGUAUAAAAACCUGCGCUCGCACGUCUCCGUUGCGGAACUCGUCGACAAGGCGAAUGCGAAUGACGACUCGGGCAUGAAGAGCCUGAUGAACCUCGUGAUGCAGUUCCGCAAAGUGUGCAACCACCCCGAGCUGUUUGAGCGUGCGGAUGUGCGUGCGCCGUUUGUCUGUGGCUCGUUUGCGAAUACUGCCUCGUUCCUGCGCGAAGGCGAUCAGCUCUGGUGCCCCGACUCGGCGCGCUCGCUCCUCGACGUGCGUGUGCCGCAGCUGCUGGUGCAGGACGGCCUUACCUCAGUUCCCACCGAGUCCAACCGCGCCGGAUUCGACUCGCGCUACCUCGACUCGCUGAUGAACAUCUGGAAGGCGCCGCACAUUGCAGAGGCGUGCAACGAGAACAGCAGCGCGUUUGCCUUCCUCCGCCUCCUCAACCUGCAGCCGUCCGACGCGGAAAAGGCCUUCCACGGCAACGCGCUCGAGCAGCUCCUAGCGACUGCGGAAGAAGAGCGUGUGCGCCGCCGCGAGGAGCCGUACAUGUACGACGACGAGUUUGUCCUGAGCCAACUGCGGCCGAAGGGCACGGUGCGCCGCCACGUUCCGUAUGCUACCGAGCGGCCUGCGCCGGGCCUCGUGCCGUUGGGCUGCAUCGCGGAGUAUGCACUCAACGAGCGCCUGGGCGAGUCGACGCUGCGCACCGUCGUGCCUGCAGCGGUUGCGCCGCGCAUCCAGAUGCACGCCAACCACCGGCCGUUUGUGGAGCACGAGGAGCGCAUCCUGCAUGACCCCGGCAUGGACGAGGCGCUCUUUGGCCUCCCGCCUGAUGCGCGUGAGGACCUCGCGGCGGUGGAAGCGAUGCAGCGCCGCUUGCCGGACGUGCCGCCCGGCGGUUUGGUAAGUGCCUCGCCUUCCACGCAGCUGUGGAAGUCGCCGAUGCAAGUGCCGCAGAUGAACAAGCUCAUCAUCGACUCGAGCAAGCUCGCGCGCCUCGACUCGCUCCUGCGUGAGCUCAAGGCGGGCGGGCACCGUGUCCUGAUCUACUUCCAGAUGACCAAGAUGAUCGAUCUGAUGGAAGAGUACCUAAUCUACCGGCAGUACAAGUACCUGCGUCUCGACGGUGCGUCGAAGAUCUCGGACCGUCGCGACAUGGUGACCGACUGGCAGACGCGUCCCGAGCUCUUUGUCUUUUUGCUCUCGACGCGUGCCGGUGGUCUUGGUAUCAACCUGACUGCGGCCGACACGGUGAUCUUUUACGACCACGACUGGAACCCGUCAAACGACUCGCAGGCGAUGGACCGUGCGCACCGUCUCGGGCAGACGAAGCAGGUCACAGUCUACCGCCUGAUUACCAAAGGCACGAUCGACGAGCGCAUCGUCAAGCUGGCGCGCAACAAGAAGGAGGUGCAGGACAUUGUCGUCGGCAACAAGGCGUACAGCGAGUCGGGCAUGGCCAAGCCCCAGGAGAUUGUCUCGCUCCUGCUCGACGACGACGAGCUGGCCGACUCGAUGCUGCGGCGCAAGCAGGCCGACGAGGCGCAGCUUGCCCUCGACAAGGCCGAGAAUGCGCGCGCGAUGCAUGCGAAGCGCAAGAACAACAAGGCAGAAGCCGCGCACACAAAGCCGAGUCCGGAGAGCGCGCCGGGCCACAACUGGUCGCUCGAGGACGACGAGGACGACUUUUUCGGUGCGAAGCCGCCGCCGCCCGACCUCGACGGCGGUGAGGAGCCCGCGCCCAAGCCCAAGAAGCGGGGCAAAGGCCCUUCCAACGCAAACGGCGAGACGGCGCCCAAGCGGCCGCGCAAGCGCAAGUCGGCGGCGAAUGAGGAAGCACCGCCCGAGGCGAAUGGGACGACAUUGUAG